AUGGAAGGUUGCAGAGGUUCACCACGCACAUGCUGGGGCUGGCCGGUGGGUACACGCGGAGGGCGGUGGUCUCCAGGCAGUUGGUGCCAGCAGCGACAGGCGCUCGCACGGCAAGGUGUGGCGCACCAAGAGGGCCACGCCACCGGCACGCCCACUGCAGGCCUGGUGGAUGUCGGUGCAGCCAACGAGCCUCGUCGCUGGGCACUCCGGUGCCUGCACCCCUGCAGGGGAGCCAUGUCGGGCCGGUGCUGCGCCAGUCGGAAAGCAAGGGCAAUCCUGAAGGGCGAAGGGCCUGAAGGUAUGAGCUGCCAGAUAACUACGAGGCCAUCCUCAUCGGUACCAGAGUUUUUGUGGAAUUCACCGCAACGGGUGAUAUCAACGGAGCGAUCGCUGCGAAACGGUCGUGCAGUUCUGUCCGACAGUCUGCAGGCAGACCGCUUCAACUCCCCACACCGGGCUUGGCGCGGAACCUUCUCGAGGGGUGGAGUCGUCUUGGUCUCCGUCGUGCUCGCAGCAACGCCCUGCUGCAGAGUUCCUAUAUGCAACCAGAGCCCCAACACCGCGACAAGGUGCGGACCCCAUCGCUGGGGCCAGGAGAGGCCGCAGUGCCUCCUGCUCUCAUCAGGGAUCCUUCUUGACGUCUUGAUGCGGACAAGCGUCCAUCGGUUCUUACAAACGACGCCGUACACCUGCGGCGCAUCCUGCGCUGUGGGAGGCACGACCCUCACCACAACCGGAGUCGUCCACGCGCCGUCGGUACGCACCACAUUUUCAAUGAAAAGGCAGGGAUGCGUCAGGGUGACAGCAAAGCAUCCGCUGGAAAAUCGCAACACAGGCACAAUAACAAACAGCACCAGAAGCGCUGCAAGCCACGGGUUAACGUGGACCAACUGA